GAGACUUUAGACUUUAGAGUGGUGAAAACCCCCAUCCCAGAACAGCUACACAACGUGACUGGAGCGGAGCCCAUUGGUAUCAUAAAAGUUCAGAGUUCAGACCACGGGUCUCCCGCCAAAGGACCAAAGCGUAAUCGACUCCGACUAUAAACACUCCUCUCUUUUUUGCUCUGUACUUCCUCUCUCUAGUCUCUACUUCUGCUCCCCAAGAAAAACGAAAGGCGAAAAAAAGAAGUUUGCAUUAUUGCACCAAUAAAUGAGCUCAUCUAUGGAUUCCUAUGCUCUGAAAUGUGUCUCAGAUCUACCAGUUCCUUUCCGUUCAACUUUUAGCUUCAGGUAUUUUAACUCGCUGCAGAGUGAGUGCUUUUCUGCUUGUUUCCUCUCCGAUGUAAACAUGGUCAUUUCUGCACCAACUGGAAGUGGAAAAACAGUACUUUUUGAGCUGUGUAUUUUGAGGCUCCUCUCGAGGUUCAUUUCUGCGGAUGGAAGAUUUAUUCAUAUAAAGGGAACCCUCAAAACAAUCUAUGUAGCCCCAUCUAAGGCUUUGGUACAGGAGAAGCUUCGCGAUUGGAACCAGAAGCUCGGGUCAUGGGGGAUAAACUGCCUGGAGCUGACAGGUGAUAAUGAAUCUUACAACAUAAGGAGUAUACAAGAAGCGGACAUUAUUCUAACUACUCCGGAGAAGUUUGAUGCAGUGACUCGGUACAGCAUAAAAGAUGGUGGCUUAAGCUUUUUCAGUGAUAUAGCACUUGUACUUAUUGAUGAAGUUCACUUGUUGAAUGAUCCACGUGGAGCAGCUUUGGAGGCAAUAGUAAGUAGAAUAAAAAUGCUGUCUCGCAACGCAGAACUGAAAUCAAGUCCUCUGGCUUGUGUCCGUUUCCUUGCUGUUUCUGCUACUAUCCCAAAUAUUAAUGACCUCGCGGAAUGGCUUAUGGUUCCUACCCAAGGAAUUAAAAGGUUUGGAGAAGAAAUGAGACCUGUAAAGUUGACAACCAAAGUUUUUGGCUACACCCCUGCAAAAAAUGACUUUCUAUUUGAAAAACGCCUACAGAACUAUAUUUUUGAUAUUCUCAUGCAAUAUUCUAGAGGGAAAUCUGCCCUCAUUUUUUGCUCAACUAGAAAAGGAGCACAAGAAGCAGCACAACGACUCUCUCAGAUUGCAAUGACCUUUGGUCAUUCAAAUCCAUUUAUUAAAAACAGAGAACAGCAAGAAAGGCUACGGGAAGCUUCACUAUCUUGUGGUGACAAACAAAUGCAAUCAUAUAUCCUCUAUGGCGUUGGUUAUCACAAUGGUGGGCUCUCCCUAAAGGAUCGUAACUUCAUUGAAGGUCUUUUUCUUCAUGGUGAUCUUCAGAUUCUGUGCACCACAAACACUCUUGCCCAUGGAAUCAACUUACCAGCACAUACCGUAGUGAUCAAAUCAACACAGCACUUCAACAAGGAAAAAGGGCACUACAUGGAAUAUGACCGGUCAAUGAUACUGCAGAUGAGUGGAAGGGCAGGCCGUCCACCAUUUGAUGAUACAGGGAUGGUUAUUAUCAUGACAAGAAGAGAAACAGUCCAUUUGUAUGAAAAUCUUCUGAAUGGAUGUGAAAUGGUCGAAUCACAACUGCUCUCAUGCAUCACAGAGCAUCUAACUGCAGAGAUAGUUCAACUGGCUGUCUCAGAUAUAACACGGGCAAUUGAAUGGCUGAAGUGCUCGUUCUUAUAUGUGAGAAUGAAGAAGAAUCCUGAGAAUUAUGCAUUAAAGAGAGGGAUUCCUAGUGACCGUAUAGAGAAGCAUAUGCAAGAGAUUUGUGUUCAGAAAGUCAACGAGUUAACACAAUAUCAGAUGAUCUGGACUGAUGAAGAUGGAUUCCUCUUGAAGCCACUUGAGCCUGGAAGGCUGAUGACAAAGUAUUAUUUGAAAUUCAACACAAUGAAACGCAUUAUGCAGUCCCCUACAAACUGCAGUGUAGAAGAUGCACUUCAUAUAAUUUGCCUUGCUGAAGAAAUUACCUGGAUACAGCUCAGGCGAAAUGAAAAGAAGCUACUAAAUGACAUAAAUACUGAUAAAGAUGGCCGGCUUCGCUUUCACAUCCUUGACGGUAAAGGGAAAAAGAAAAAGCGUAUUCAAACCAGAGAGGAGAAGAUAUUUGUGUUGGCAAAUGACUGCUUGACUGGGGACCCUUUGGUGCAUGAUUUAUCCACGAGCCAGGACAUGAAUUCUAUAUGCUCAAAUGGGUGUAGAAUUGCCAAGUGCAUGAAGGAGUAUUUUAUUUAUAAGAAGAACUACAAAGGAGCUUUGAACUCAACUCUUCUAGCCAAAUCUUUACAUCAAAAGCUAUGGGAUGACAGUCCAUACUUGCUGAAACAAUUACCUGGUAUUGGAAUGGUGACUGCAAAGGCUCUGCAUUCAAUGGGAGUGAAGUCUUUUGAGACCCUUUCUGAAGCUGACCCUAGAAAGAUAGAGAUAGUUACUGGUCGAAAAUAUCCAUUUGGGAACCAUAUUAAGGAGUCACUACUGUCACUACCCUCAAAAGUGGAGAUGAAGGUUGAGGAAGCUGACUGCCAUAGGCAAGGAAAGGCCAAGCUAAUAAUAACAUUGACUAGGCUAACAGAAUCGGCACAAUCAACCAAACGACAAUAUGCCGAUAUGGUUGUUGGUUUAGAAGAAGAAAAUCUUAUUGUCUUUCAUGAGAAAAUAAGAGUGGAAGAGUUUUCCAGCCCUUAUAGUGCAACAAUUCUACUAUCAAAGCCUCAGCAAGGAAAACUGACUGUUAAGGCAGAUCUAAUUUUUGAAGAAUUCAUUGGUAUUGAUCUCCAUCAAAAACUUGUACCAAUGAAUGAGUGCGACUCAAAUGUGAUCUAUAAACGUGGAAUUAAGCAGCCUUCCAUUUUUCCUGACCCCAAGGAUGUGUGUGUUAUAGAAGAUGACACUGAUACUAUAUCUCGAGCUCCAACCACAGAACUCCAUAAUUCAAAUCAAACCAAAUGGAAGAGCAAUUCCAUGCCUAGUUUCAACCUCCUAGAUGAAGAGUUGGAAGAAGGUGCACCGACUGUUGAAACUGAAGAUGAUGAUUGCAAAAUUAUAACUGAAAGAACAGUAUUUGAGCACAUACGUGAAAAGGCCAAGACAUUUCCUCUCUUGGCUGCAUCAAAUAAUCUAUCUUCUCCAUCGUCUGAGGCCUUGGUUCUCAUCAGAAAGCGUUCUCGCGAAAAGCAGCUUGAACUGGAUAAUACUAUAGAAGUAUUUGAAGUAACGGAGAGAAAUAAAAUUCCUCGUUGGACUAUUGUAAUGCCAUCUUCAGAACCAAAAGGGGUAGAACAAAGUAGAGAUGAUAUUGGGAAAGAUCCGACUCCAAAGCGCCAUAUCAGCCCUGGAAAUCUUUCUCCUGAACCUGAAGAGAGCUUGUCCAAAAUGGCAACCGAAGAAACAAUAUUUGAACACAUACAAAGGAAAGCUAAGAACUUCCCAGUGUUUGACAAAUUGAAGGCCCUGCAGUCCAAGUCUUAUGCACGAACAAAUGAACUCUUUUCCAAGCACCAGCCUGUGAUCAAUUUAGAUCCAGAACCCGAGGAAGUGGGAAACACUGUUGAUAGAAAGGAAACCGCAAGGGUUAUGAAGAACAUGCUUUGUGGAAGCUCUCGUGGCGCAUGUGGAUAUAUGGACAUUUAUCCAAACAUUUCAAGCAGUGACGCUGAUCUGACAUCAAUCAAAAUGCCAUCUCUCGGUACUCCCUCUUUAAAGAAAGAACUGCAGUUGACAAACCUGGGAAACUUCAUGGAGAGUAGUGGGAAGCAGCCAUACUCUCCAAAUUUAUCAGGAAAACAGUGCUGUUCACUGGUGACGUCCGGUGAAACCAGGAAAGUAGAUUCCUUCCUUGGGUUUAAGAGCGUUUUUUCAUUUCUAUGAUUGCUUUUCAACAGUAAAUAGAGAGGCUACAUAAAUAUUAUGGCAUCCCUAGAUUCCGUUUUUACACUUUUCACGAGUAUUUUCAUUCCAUUGCAAAAGACGGGAGGGAGUAAAGCUUCUCACUGUGCAGCACAGUGCAGCAAAACGUGUUGUAAUUUCAUGAAUGAGUUGCUCCACUUACAAAGGUACGUUUCCUUUACAGAGUCUGAAGUAAUAUUUUAUCAAUCUGUUUCAGAAGUUCACUACAUGUUGAGCACAGAUCAAAUAUAAGAAUGCUCCUGAUAGAUGGAAAUUUUGAAUGAACCUUACAAUGCCAGAGGUGUUUUAUGAUCUCAUGUGCUCCAUCUCUAUCAGUAGUAGAAUGAAUGGUGCUGAUAAAACAGCAUAUAACGAAAGAGGCUAAAUGGCAUUGCAGAUCCUAGUACAUCCUAUUGUGGGGUUGUGCAUUUAAUGUACCAGAUUUUAAAUCAAAGUGUUGAACUUUUGAAAACACAAGUGCAACCAUCAACCAGUAUGUGAAGUGUGCUGCAUUUGAAACCCUGAACAUGUUGGGAUUUAUUUUAAUGCGACAUUACAUGUUCAUAUAAAUAUAUCAUGAUUGGAUUUAUUUUAAUGCCAGCAUAUAAACGCUGAAUGACCAUUGAAGUUACCUUCAUGAGAAGGUGGCAUAUAGACAUUACAUGUUUCUUGCUGUAAAACCUUUGAAAAGAAAUAAAGUGCUUCUCCAACCAAGAUGGACAAAUCAUUUACUGCAUUUAACACCCUGAACAUGAUUGGAUUUAUUUUAAUGCCAUCAUAUAAACACUGAAUGACCAUUGAAGUUACCUUCAUGAGAAGGUGGCAUAUUUUAAAGGCCCUCUUCUAGAUUGUGCUACUGGAAAACAGUUUUUAAGAAAAGUGAAAUUAUAAAAUAAUUUUCAUUAGCCGUGGAAAGUUGGAAACUGAAAACAACUAAUAAGUGUAUUAUCUGAAAUUGGAAUUUAAAAAAUAAAAAAUAAAAAAUAAAAAAUAAAAAAUAAAAAAAUACUCAUUUUCAGGAACAUGUUGAAAAUACUCAGCGCAGAGAAUUUUCAAAGUGUUUUCUUUGAGAGCAUAAAGCCAUUUUCUGAAAGUAGAACCAAAUAGGAACUUUUUCCGUGUUUAUACUUAUGGGCAAAGUCAUACCAGUUCACAAACUAGGAAUGUGGUUUUUGCAUGAUUCUGAACAAUGCGUUCAUAUAGUGUAUCAGAGAGGCACUUCAGCUUAUUGUUUUUUUUUCCCUAAAUCUUUAGCUUAUUGUUUAUUUUCCUAAAAUCUUGAAUUGGGACUAAAAACUCAACCCUAUAGAAAAAUUGUAGUGUGAAGGAUUCAAUGUUGUCCUCUAUAUUUGUAUGAUAAGGAAAAUAAUAAUAAUAAUUAAAAAAAAAUUGUUCAGUGUAGUCUAUAAAAAUAAUUACUUUGUAUAAAAUAAUGUCAAAUAUUAAAAUGUAUAUAAAUUAUCCUAUUAACAGAGAAUACACAUAAAAAAAAAAAAAAAAAAUAAGUUCUGGUCUUACGGUACUCCACAUGAGAGGAACAGUCACAUUCUUCUUAUCUCUCAUGGUUGCAGUGUCUAUGCCAUUUAUUGUAGAGAGAGGUCCAAGUUUUGGCCAUCAACUCAAUGCAAAUGGUCCCAAUAAACAUCAAGCACAAAGCUGAGUUGGAAAAUAAUCCAAGCCGUUUGUUUAUGGAUCCACUACUACUCUACCUACAAAUACAAUGUCAAAAAAAGGAUGACCCACACGUCAAUUAAAUUAUUUUUACGCAUGUACACUGAUUUGCUGCGUAACCAUCGCAAUGCCAAAUGGCAUGUGGUUGUUAUGCCAUCACAAUAAUCAUUUACUCUGAAACUACCAACCGUCUGUAUUCUUAUUAAAUUCAAUUGUCAACAGAAAAA